AGGCAGGACGCUAAUGGCCUGGGAGGCCCGCGGUGCCAGCCGGGGCGCCUCCUUGGCUUCCCUGUCCAAGUCCGAGGGAGGGAGCAGGAUUCUAACCCUUUGGGGUCCUGCUGCACCACUGCUUCUGCAUCUCUCUGCAAAGCUCUUCUCUCAUUCCGGAUCCCUGAAACCCUUAGAAGCACAGCUGCUGAUUCUGCUGUGUGAUUCUGCCUGCUUUUAAGAAAUAUUAUGGGGAUGGGGUGAGGGGUCAGCUGAGUUUUCUUGAAUAGUUAUGGUAAACUUUGAGGCAAAAAUUUAAUCUCAGUCGAUGUCCAUGGAGGAGUGGCCUUGUAUGGAUAUGGACCUGUCGUUCAGUAGUGUUUAGAUUGUCCUUAAGAACGUCUUCCACUUCCACUUUCAAUUUCCCUUGAAAUUCACUUCCAUAGAAUUUAAGUUACUAUUUAUUACUGAUGUGAUAUAUGAGGGUCCACAGAUGGUUUCUUGGUGAGAAAGGAAACCCCUGAUUUCUAUGCAAUGUUGAGUUGAACAAUUUAGCAGUAUAAAGUAUGUUUCCUGCCUGCCCUGAGGUAGGGUCAGUGUGAUAGUGACCAAGUCAGUUGACUAUUGGAACCAACUGUGCCCUUCUUUUCUUUCCAGUCUGUGCCUUUCAAGAAACAUGGAGGUAAUUCAUGGCAGGCCCUACUGUUGCAGAGAGCUUGAAGGAGCUGACCUAUUGUCAAACACCUUUUACUCUAAUGAAUUGCACACUCCAUUACAAACAGCUACUCGCCCAACUGCCUCCGAGGACAGAUAUCAGGAAUUAAGGGAGUCAUUCCAACAAUGUAGAUUUCCAUGGGGUGCUGACAGAGAAUAUGGUGGGGUAAUACCCAUUUCACUCCCUGAGGAGCACAGGCCAAAAUGUGAACCUCCUCAUGUCAUGGGCAAAGGACAUCAGCAUUAUGGAUUUGGUGGAGAAACUUGGCCAAGAAAACUUCCUAUUGAACAAUUCUAUUAUCUGACACAGAACAAAAAAAGUGACAUCUAUGGAAAUGAUUCUUUGAUGCCCAAACCACCUAAUGCAACAGUACAAGAAACCUGCUUCCCAUAUCCGAUUGAACACCCCUACCACACACACAUCUCACGUGGUGCCAUGUUCCCGACCUUUACAUCACCUAAGGAUCCUUACACUGGCAUUAAAGCCCGAAGCCAACGGCCGUUUCCUCCCACUGUGCCAACGAAGGCUUACGAUACGACGAUUUUGAAAACAAGAGGUAACCCUUACAGAUAUGAACUGCUUGAUUUUCCAAUGGAUUCAAAGAAGAAAGCCUUGAAUUGGCCAGGUCAGGGUGUAUAUUAUGAUUUUCCUAAAUGUGUUGGAAAGAACAAGCCAGUGUUCUACCCAAAACCUCCUAAAACCUUCGCUCCUAACACUUCUUUAAAUUCGUGGGACCCGAUUAACUCUCUAAAAGAAGCCAAUAUACAAAGAAAUCUUGAGAGGUCCCACUGGAUCACUUCAUAUGCUCAUGAUUUUACAGGUCUGGGGCCCAUGAACCCCCUUGAACUGGAUGAUUACCAUGAAAAGGAGAGAGCAGAGUUAACUGGACAGAUAGGAUUUGACCCAGAGCCUCAAGAAAAAUUCCAUCCUGUCUUAAAACCUCCAAGACCCCUAGCAGGACGAAUUGCUCGACUGAUGCAGAACCGACGGCCUCUGGAGGCUGUUGUCCAGCAGAGACCACAUUCCUGUCCAGAUUGUACCCCUAGAGUUUUGUGUAAUUUUCAUACCUUUGUACCCAGUUCUACAGAAAUGAUGGCACUUAGUGAUAACACACUGGCAGGUGUCACCCAUAAAAAACAGGAAAUUGAAGACAAGAUUAAGGAAGAACAAAGUUUGCUAUCUACCUAUGCAUCCCCACCUUGUUACCCAACAAGAGAUCUGACUAACGUUUGCGACAUAAAAAUAUCUCCAAAAAUCACAGAUACUAAGAAGAUAAAAGAUUUGUACUGGAGACAGGUGGCAUUAAAACCCCAACCUAUACCUUGCUAUAGCCCAAACCAUUACAUUCAGUAUGAGCAUCUAAAACCUGCCAUACGUGACCCGUGUACUAUGUGUCAAAACUCUGUUAGCUUUAGUAAGCCUACUAUUUUAGAAAGUAAACCAGACUUGGAAGCUUUUGAUUUUGAACAUUUUUUAAGUAAGCCAGAAGAAAGGCUGACCUUGAACACAGAAAACAAGGAGGAGACAAGACCCAUUCUGGGUUGGAUUCCUAGAGCUGGAGUGGCCAAGCCUCAGACUGACCUGCUAGGGCUUAAGAACUCUUUUUCAAAAACUGGUGCACAAAAACGUUUCCAUAAAUCAAUUCUAGAAGACCAUAAAGACCUCAGGGAUAAGGAGCAUUCAGGGAUGAAACACCAAUUCUAUGGCUAUAAUUCCUAUUAUUUCUAUAAUUGAGAUUUUCAUCCUUUCCUUCAAAACCCAGCCUCUUGCAAGAAAAGUAAAAAUUUAACAGAAUUUCUUCCAUGUUGUUGGAUUCUGUUUUCUAGAAAAGCCAUAAUGACCUUGUUAUGAAGUUUAUGUUUUCAGGAAUUUUAAGUUAGGAUCUAGUCAGAGGAACCCAUAAAAAGGGGAUGUUCUUACUUCCUGAAAAGUUUAACAAUUCAGCAAUAAAAUAUUAGAACCAGAAAAUUUUAUAGUCUUUAAUCUCAUUUUCAAAUUAUACUCCAAGGUAAUUUUCCAAAAUCAUGAAAAACAAUGUGUAUGACAAAGUUUACAUCAUUGUUUUCCAGAAAUGAGUAUUUCAAAUUCAUAUGCCCAGUAGUUGACAGAGGUCUAUACAAACUAUAGUACCUUAAUAAAAUAAAUAU